AAAAACGAGAAAAGUUGUGACUUUGCUGUAGUAGUAGUACUAUAGUAGUACUCUGUGUAGUAGUAAUCUAUGUAGUAGUAGUACUAUAGUAGUACUAUGAAUCCCAAACAUUAGAACCUCCAUUAAAACAUCUACCUUGAUUCUACAGCAGUCCUUAACCGUUUUUAAUUUGGUCAUUUGUCCGAUUUCUUCAUUGAUUGAUAUCAAUACGGUAUAUUUCCAGAUCAUGUUUUAUUCACAUAAUAACUGGUCACAUGAAACAGAGUGUCUACUCUAUGUAGAGUGUUUUAUUCACUCUACACAGAGUAGUAGUACUCUCUGUGUAGUAGUACUCUGUGAUGUGGUAUCAUGUGAUGCAGGCGGUCGCUGAUCAUUGAGUUCAUUUAGUAAUUAGUGCAGAACAGCCCAUCGCUCCCAGAGUCUGCAGCCGUCACAGAGACCAGAAGACCAGGAACUCUGAACGUUCUGCAGCCGUCACAGAGACCAGAAGACCAGGAGCUCUGAGCGUUCUGCAGCCGUCACAGAGACCAGAAGACCAGGAACUCUGAACGUUCUGCAGCCUGCUGAAGGGAACCAGUCAACCAGUGAACCAGUGAACCAGAAGACCAGGAGCUCUGAGCGUUCUGCAGCCUGCUGAAGGGAACCAGUGAACCAGAGAACCAGGGAACCAGAAGACCAGGAGCUCUGAGCAUUCUGCAGCCUGCUGAAGGGAACCAGUGAACCAGGGAACCAGUGAUCCAGUGAACCAGUGAUCCAGUGAACCAGUGAUCCAGUGAUCCAGUGAACCAGUGAACCAGUGGACCAGUGUCGUUGGGGUCCUCCACCAUGGCUCUGGGGCGCGGCCCGGCCCUGUGUCUGCUGGUUGUCAUGGAGAUGUGUGCGGGGGGCCCCCCCAGGAGGGCGUCCUGCCCGUACCCCCCCUCCCAGUGGUGCAGCUCUCUGCAGGUCGCCCUCCAGUGCCAGGUCCAGAAGCAGUGCAUGGAGCUGAGCGCCACGCGUCAGCGGCGCCCCCCGGUGGCGGUGGCGCUGUACUACGACAGUCUGUGUCCGGGCUCCCGUCUGUUCCUCACCCAGCAGCUGUUCCCCACCUGGACCCUUCUGCAGGACGUCAUGGAGCUCACACUGGUCCCCUACGGAAACACUCAGGAGCUGCAGAACGCGACCGCGCCCUUCAGCUGUCAGCAUGGAGAGGCAGAGUGCCAGAGCAACAUGAUGGAGGCUUGCAUCCUCCACCUGGCCGGCCCCGCCUCCCUCCAGAUCAUCCACUGCAUGGAGGCCGCCGCCCACAUCCUCCAGGCCGCCCGACCGUGCGUGGAGCUGUACGCCCCGGUGCUGCGCUGGGCGGCGGUGGAGGUCUGCACGGCGGGGGGGCGGGGGGGCCAGCUGAUGAGGACCCACGCCGCCCGGACCCGGGCCCUGAAGCCCCCCCACGUCCCCUGGGUCACCUUCAACGGGGAGCUGAGGGAGGAGGUCCAGGACCGGGCCCUGGGGUCGCUGUUCCACCUGGUGUGUGACCUCUACAAGGGAGGGAAGCCGCCGGCGUGCACCGGAGCGCCGGUCAGACUGGACCGGAGUCUCUGCUGAACCCGCCAAACGUUAGCAUGUAGCAGAGCUAUCUGACAGAGCUACCAUUAGCAUGUAGAGCUAACAGAGCUAUCUAACAGAGCUAACAUUAUUAUGUAGCGCUAACAGAGCUAUCUAACAGGGCUAACAUUAGCAUGGAGCACUAACAGAGCUAUCUAACAGAGCUAACAUUAUUAUGUAGCGCUAACAGAGCUAUCUAACAGGACUAACAUUACCAUGGAGCACUAACAAAGCUAUCUAACAGAGCUAACAUUAGCAAGUAGCGCUAACUGAGCUAGCUGACAGAGCUCAAUGCCUGAAUAAAACUAAUGUUAGAAUGACCAUUCAAUCUUUUAACUGCUAAAUGUACUUUUGUGUUACCAUAUGAUGUAAUCCCGCUUUAUGUCAAGAACAGUUUUAAUACAAUUUUAUCGAUAGUACGUUUUGAACAGUCCAAACCUUUUACUGGUUAAUAGUUUGAGUUUACAAUAACUAAAUAUCAGUUAUUGAUCCCUGGAUCACAAGUCAUGUUCGCAUUUCAGGGAUGAUUUUCAUUCUUUGUAGAAGCUAAGCAAUACUUAAAAUUUGUGCCAACCUAUCAAUAAAUAUUAAAACAUU